GGUUACCUAGGCGACGAGAAGGCGUUCAUCGCCACGCAGGGCCCGAUGGUGAACACGGUGAACGACUUCUGGCUGAUGGCGUGGCAGGAGGAGGCGCCGGUCAUCGUGAUGAUCACCAAACUGAAGGAGAAGAACGAGAAGUGUGUCCUGUACUGGCCGGAGAAGAGGGGGAUCUAUGGGAAGGUGGAGGUGCUGGUGAACAGCGUCAGAGAGUGUGAACACUACACCACCCGCAGCCUCACACUCAAGAGUGGGAAUCAGACCCGGGACCUGCAGCACUUCUGGUACACGUCGUGGCCUGACCACAAGACGCCCGACUCCACGCUGCCGCUGCUGCAGCUGAUGGGAGACGUGGAGGACCAGAGGGCGGCGGCCAUCUUGGGACCCGUCAUCGUGCACUGCAG